AUGUCUGAGCUGGGAGAACAAAACGAACAGAAACAGUAUCCACCGAAUCAUCCAAUGUCAAAUGCAGAUCCAAACUUUACGUAUGAUGGAGGAACUUUAUGUCGUGACUAUUGGCCUGAUUGGCUGGCUCAACUUGCAACCAACAAUGUUUACAGGAUAAACAAUACAAUAACUGAGGCUUAUGACUUCCUCACACUUGACAGUGUUCAGUACAUUUUCACUAUUUGCGUUCGUCUUCGAUUACCACAUGAUGUUCGUUUCGUCGCCGCUCUCCUUUUUGAUAAGUUUAUGUGUUUACAAACAAAAAGUCUCUGGGAGUUCAUUGCUUGUUCUGAUAUGCCUGUUAGGAAGAAGGAAGUUGAAUGGGAAAAGAUUGAAACGAACUUAUCCAGACAAAUCCCUUUAAGAAUAGCCUCUUGUAUACAAAUUGCUUCAAAAUCAGGAAAUUAUCAUACAAGUUUAUCUUUGAGACAGGUGGCAAGCUCUCUAAGAUCUUUGGGUCAUGCCUACACAAAGGGUGCUGUGCUCAACUCGGAAAUCCGAAUAUUGAAAACGAUUGGCUUCGCUAUUCCGGAAAGUCCACUAAUCUACCCAGAAAGCUUGUUAAAAUGCUUAUGUUCUGUGCCGUCGAUACCUUCUGAUUUGGAUUACGAUUCUUGUUGGAAUCACAUUGUCUUGUUCUUGGACAUUGUUUUCUUACACCAUGAAAGACUCUACACAUAUUUAAUUCAAACACUAGGCAGCUCUAGGUAUACACCUCAGUGCAGUCGUUAUGACCAUGCACGUUUGAAAGGAGAUUGGAUGUUAUUGGGAUGUGGCUUGGUCGCAGCAUCAGUUGCAUGUGUUCAUGAUGAUCAAUUGAGGGAUAAAGUCAUCACAACAUUGAACAUGAUGUCUGGAACUCCAGCAGAAGAUAUUCUGGAUAUGAGCACAACAUUGAAGAAGAUAACACUACUCUUAAAUGAAGAAAAGAUGACCCAAAAACCUCAACGGACUGUGUCAUACUAA